CGCGCACACACACGUGGUAAUCGUACGAAAGCCGUAACUAUAAGCGACGUUAUUUACGCGGGCUAGCUGCGAGCCGCACGAGGUUCGCGAUACAUACUUCCGACUCCCACGCAGUGAAUACCCUCGUAAUCCGAAACAAGCAUUAAGCAAUUUUUUUUCUAUAUAUUUUUCAGUCGUACGAACACCGGACGGGUCUUACCUGACUCGCGAAAAAAUGCUGCGAAUAAAGCCAAUAACAAAAGCGUUCCCAAGGUCACAAGCGACUGUAUUGGAUGCAAGUUAUACAUAUCUGACUCGAGCUAAGCGAUUUCUUAAGAACAGAGAAGGCACUUUGCCUACAUUUCUUCGUUUCUUGCACGAGAUAGAGUUCCCAGCACAGAAUGAGCAUUGAGUCUAAUAGGUAUCAAUUAAGCUCUCUAAAAGUGGACCGAGCUAUCUACUAGGUCCGAGAGAUGAACUUGAGAAUGCCUCGCGUCAGUUGUCAGGCCGACAGCCCAGAAUGAGAUCCUGGCACCGUGCCCGCGUUGAUAAUCCUGCAGGGGCCGCUGUAGACUUUUCCUCGUUUUGUGCAACGGCCAGCAGACCUGUCUCAUAACAGUUUUGACCUUUGCCGAAUGGGAGCGGACGCCGACCUUCCGAGAACGCAAGCGAGUGUCUCCUAUUGGUGUGAGGAUUUCCAAGCAUGGAGCACAAGCGUCGAGCUCCUCUCAUACAACUCAUUAAUGGCAUCAAACGAUCCCCCUUCCUGAAGCCUUCAGUCGUCCGCGAGGCUCUCAAGUACAGACCACGCGACGGGGACAUAGUCCUUGUGACGUAUGCCAAGGGCGGGUCCCACUGGACGCAACGCAUCAUCCAACUUCUCUUAGAUCGCGAAGACGUUCCGUCAACCUACUCGGAUUUCGUUCGACGAACUCCAGUUCUGGAAUACCACGGUGCUGCGGCCGUCAAUGAUAUGCCUCCACCGAGGUUCUUCAGGACACAUCUCCAGCUGCUCCGGAACAACUUCAACGACAAGGCGAAGUACGUGUAUGUCGCCCGGAACCCAUGGGACACGUGCGUGUCGCUCUACCAUUAUACGCGACACUUACCCAAGCACCAGUUUGAAGACGGCACGUUCGACGACUUCUUUGAGGCCUUUGUCACUGGGGAGUUGGGCUUUGGAGAGUACUUCGAUCACGUGCUCCAUGGAUACGCUCGGAAGGACGACCCGAACGUCUUCUUCAUGACCUACGAGGAGCUGAAGGCAGAUGCUCCCGGAAUGGUUCUGAAACUUGCCUACUUCCUCGGCGAAGAGUACGGGAACAUGCUUGAGGGCAGCGAAGAGAUAUUUCAAGGGGUCUUGAUGAAAAGCAGCUUCGAGUUCAUGAGCCGUGUGCUCCAACCCAGAGAGGAGGAGUUUUCGGCAGCCUUUGAAAAUUCGUUUUCUCUUGUGGACAAGCUUUCUAGCUCUGGACCAGAAGGAAGUAAAGAUAAUGACUUUAGGCUUUUUCGUAAAGGAAAAGUGAACGACUAUCAUGAACUAUUUUCACCAGAUCAAAUCCAACGCAUGCAAGCCAGGAUUGAUAAGAUGACGGAAGGAACGGACAUCAUGAGCCUGUGGAACGUAAAAUAAAUCGUCAUCUUACGUUUAGUUUC